AUGUUACAAAUAGAGUUCGCUUUGGGGCUUUUAUGGUGGUGAAACAGUUGAGAAUAUGUUCACCGUAGCCAAACGUGUUUCAGAAUCUAAUUUAUUCACAAUUUCAGUAGCGGGUAUUUACACACAUUCCGAAUCGAGCCUAAACGUCUGUUAUCUGUGGUAAAACUAGCGGGGUGAUCGUCGAGAACUACUUGCGUGAUCAUCGUUUAUAUUCUCAGCAGCGAUAAUGCAAAGUCUGGCUAUAUGGAUCGAGGUACGAUUCAGUGCAAAUGCAAUUUCAAUGCGAUCGGUUGGAAAGUCUGUGCCGGUUUGAAAAUUGAACAGAUUUUGCUCUGAAUUAUAGGUAGUGUUUCAAAACAUUUCAAGUAUGAGAAACUUAGAACUAUUCGCGUUUUUGGUUUUCGCGGGUCUUGUUCGAUUGGCAACCUCGUCUCAACACAAUCAACAACAAUGCGGAAUACCGCAGAUCGGUGGUAACGAAUUGAUCGUACAUGGCCAGGACACCUCUCCUGGUGAUUGGCCUUGGCAUGUUGCCCUGUAUCAUCGCAAAGGUCCUUCAAGUAUCUACGUGUGUGGUGGGACCAUUAUCAACGAUCAGUUCAUCCUAACGGCAGCGCAUUGUGUUAUGAACAGCGCCAAUGGAUUCCAACUGGCACCGAACCGAUUAUUUGUGCGGAUGGGGAUUCACGACUUGGGAGCGUUCGAUCCGAAGUCGAUGCAACAACACGAUGUGUGGAAAAUCCACAAAUUCGAUAACUUUACCCGAUUGAUUGAUGACAUUGCGUUACUCGAGUUGAGUACGAUUAUCCGAUUCAAUCCUUACGUUCAACCAGCUUGUGUUAACCUGAAACCAGAUAUAACAGGCGAGUUCGGAACAGUUGUUGGUUGGGGACUAACAGAGACUGACGAAACAUCGGUAACGUUGAAACGAGCAGAUAUGCCAGUUAUUGAACCCGUAACGUGUUUGAAAAGUGAUCGUGUACUGUUCGGACAAACCUUGAACGAAGGAUUAAUCUGUGCGGGUUACAACAACGGAACAAGCGUGUGCAAUGGUGACAGUGGUGGAGGAUUGUUUUUCAAAAGGGGUGACGCCUGGUUCGUUGGAGGAAUUGUGUCCUUCUCACAGGUUCGAUCUGGUGGCACGAAUUACUGCUAUACAAAGGGUUAUGGAGCCUUUACCCGAGUUCAAAAAUACCUCUCCUGGAUGAGAGAAAUCACAAAGAUGCUUCUUGAACCUGACAGCGAUGUGCGGAUUUGCAAAUCAGUGGCUCCCGAUCCAACAAAGACGUAUCCAAACUAUUUCCCUCGACAUUGUGGAACUUUGCCCAACCGCAUCGAUAGCGGACAAAGUACGCGUAUAUUUGAGUUCCCUUGGAUGGCUAUAUUACAAAGUGAACAUAGGAGUUUUACCUGUGCAGGAACGUUAAUCAACAAGCGUUACGUCCUCACUGUUGCCUAUUGUCUAGAUGAGCUGCCGAACAAAGUGCUUCUCGGAGAGCAUUCAAUUGACCAGGAUACGGAUUGCAUUGGAAACGAUGACUGUGCUCCGCCUGUGCGACAGUAUAGAAUUGAGUGCGUUAUGAAGUAUCCAGGCUAUCAGUCCAGGGUUGCCGACAAUAUUGCGUUAAUUCGUUUAAGUGAGGAUGUUAUUUUCGAUGAUCAUAUUCAACCAAUCUGUAUGCCGCGCACAGCGGAUCUUAGACGCCACAUACCGUCUCGGUACAUCUUCACUGGAUGGGGUGGAACGAGAAUGAACGUUAUUACAGCCAAACUUCAGAAGUUGACCCUUUUCCCAGCAAAUCGAUCGCUGUGUCAGGAAUAUGUUAGUUAUGGUGAUAGGGAUUUAGGUGAUGGAAUAAUAUGCGCGGGAGGAAGAGAACCGAAUGUAGUUGUCACUUGUAAUGGAGAUCAUGGAGGACCGCUGGGAUCCGCUGCCGAGCUUCACGGGACACGUUUUGUACAGUUUGGUAUCUCUUCGAUUGCAUCGUGUGGUUUUCAUGUUUCUUUGUAUACAAAUAUUUCUCAUUACAUGGAUUGGAUUUCUGCCAAUUUGAAGCCAUGAGAUCAGUAAAACAUUGCACUCAGGACGCGUAUUUAGCAGGAUUUCUAACUUUAAAACUAAAGAAAUGACCGAGUUGAGAUGGCGUUGA